GUCAGUUGUAAAGUAUCACUUGAAGUAGUAACAUGCUUCGAAUUAUCAAAUGUCGAGAGAGCUUAUCGCCAAGACUGUUCAGUCGGGCAAAACAUACAGGCAAGGUGAUUGCUAUCCGUCGUGAGGAUCAGUCAGUAUGGGAACGACGAGCCUCUUUCAGUCCAGCAAUGGUGAAGAAGUUGAUUAAAAAUGGUGUCAAAGUGAUAGUCCAGCCAUCAAAUCGUCGAGCCUACCCGAUGCAGGCCUACCUCAAUGCUGGCGCCACGGUCCAGGAGGACAUCAGUGAGGCAUCCGUCAUAUUUGGCGUUAAACAGGUGCCAGUAGACUCACUAAUUCCACAGAAAACGUACUGCUUCUUCUCACAUACCAUAAAGGCACAAGAAUCGAAUAUGCCGUUGCUGGACGCUUGCCUGGAGAAGCACAUCCGUUUGGUUGACUACGAGAAGCUAAUGGACCGCAAUGGAGCACGUCUGGUAGCUUUCGGUAAAUACGCCGGAGUCGCCGGUAUGGUUAACAUUCUGCACGGUCUUGGUCUACGCCUGUUGGCUUUAGGCCAUCAUACUCCGUUUAUGCACGUGGGUCCUGCUCAUAAUUAUCGAAACUCUUCGAUGGCACGUCAAGCUGUGCGAGAUUGUGGCUAUGAAAUUGCUUUAGGGAUGAUGCCGAAAUCAAUUGGACCCUUGACGUUUAUUUUCACCGGAUCCGGUAACGUAUCUCAGGGAGCCCAAGAAGUAUUCCAAGAACUGCCAAUUGAAUACGUUCCGACGGAAGCACUACGCAAGGUAGCUGAACAUGGCAGUCAAAAUAAGUUAUACGCUUGUGAGGUAAGUCGAGCCGAUCAUUUGGAACGACAGGAUGGAGGUGGGUUUGAUCCCGUAGAAUAUGAUCAGUAUCCAGAGCGAUACAUUUCGACAUUUAACAAAACGGUUGCUCCAUACGCUUCGGUUAUUGUGAACGGGAUAUACUGGGCUGUUGGAUCACCAAAGCUAAUUACUAUUCCCGAUGCGAAAAAUCUUUUGCGGCCCGCAAAUACUCCGUGGUUACCGACAAGCUCAGGAGCACCGGCUCUGCCGCAUCGGAUGUUAGCGAUCUGUGAUAUUUCUGCGGAUCCUGGAGGCUCCAUUGAGUUUAUGAAUGAAUGCACAACAAUCGACACACCGUUUUGUUUGUACGAUGCUGAUCGUAACAAAGAUAUGAAAAGUUUCAAAGGACCAGGUGUCCUUGUUUGCUCUAUCGACAACAUGCCCACGCAGCUACCAAGAGAAGCGACGGAUUUCUUCGGCGAUCUCUUAUAUCCAUACGCGCUAGAUAUUCUGCAAAGCGAUGCUUCUAAACCACUAGAAGAACAUAACUUUUGCCAACCCGUUGAAGGAGCAAUAAUUUGUAGUAAUGGAAAACUUACGCCGUCUUAUGAAUAUAUCAACGAACUUCGCGAAAGCAAUAAUAAAUCACGACAUAAGACUGAAGGCUGUUCUACGAGCAGGAAGCGUGUUCUAGUUUUAGGAGCAGGUUUUGUUUCUGCGCCUCUCGUUGAAUAUUUACAUCGUGAAUCUAAUGUCAGUAUUAAAGUGGGGUCUCAGAUCAAGGAGGAGGCUGACCGGCUAGCCUACCGCUACGACGGAAUUGAAUCGGUUUACAUUAAUGUACAAGAUGAAAGUGCUAAUUUGCAAAACCUAUGCGAAGAGAGCGACAUUGUUAUUUCAUUGUUACCAUAUUCGCUGCACGGAUUAAUUGCUAAACAUUGCGUUGCUGGGAAAACGCAUCUGGUGACUGCAAGUUAUCUAAAUGAUGACAUUAAGAAUCUGGACGAGAGUGCAAAGGAAGCUGGAGUAACGCUAAUGAACGAAGUUGGACUGGACCCUGGAAUUGAUCAUCUUCUUGCUCUGGAAUGUUUCCAAGAAGUUCAGGAGAAAGGUGGUACCAUUGAAUCGUUUGUCAGUUUCUGCGGAGGAUUGCCAGCUCCAGAACAUUCCGACAAUCCAUUGCGUUAUAAAUUUUCAUGGUCACCAAGGGGUGUUUUGCUCAACACAUUGUCAGCAGCCAAAUAUUUGAGCAAGGGACAAGUGGUAGAGAUUUCUGGAGGAGGAGAAUUGAUGACUGCCCCACGUGAGCUCGAAUUUUUACCAGGUUUCGCACUAGAAGGAUUUCCGAAUCGAGAUUCUACAAAGUAUAAAUCAUUGUAUGGACUCACUAAUGUCCACACUCUGCUCAGAGGCACUAUUCGUUACAAAGGAUUUUCUGACAGCAUUAAACCAAUGCAACUUUUGGGAUUGAUUGAUCCCAAUGUUCAUCCAAUGCUACAUCCCAAAGGUCCCGAGAUCACUUGGCGGCAAUUGAUUAUCAAUUUGCUGGGUUUGGUUGACGCCGACAUCUUCUACGAUAAUUUAAAAAACAAGUUGGCAGAAAGAGUUGGUAACAUUGAUGGAAUCAUUGAUUUGGGAUUGUUGGAAGACACACCAGUUUUUAAAAUGGGAACACCUUUGGAUACACUUAGUCACUAUCUCUCGAAGAAAUUAGCUUUUGAUGACAGUGAACGUGACUUGGUCAUCUUACGGCAUGAUGUUGGCAUUCGCUGGAGUGACGGGCGACGAGAAGAACGCGGAAUAAAUUUUGUAGCUUAUGGCCAACCGGCGACCCAGGGUGGUCACUCAGCAAUGGCAGUCACAGUUGGUUUUCCUGCGGCCAUAGCAGCUAAGAUGAUUUUAGACGGUGAAAUUCAGCAACGUGGUGUAGUCCUUCCGUUUUCGUCAGAUAUUUACCGCACGAUGCUCGCACGAUUGGAAAACGAAGGUCUAGUAGCAACAACGACAUCGAAAUUUCUGUGAAUCGUUCGUAUAAGCGAUCAGUUUUUUAUUUGGAAAAUGAGAUUACUUAUUAAGCUGUAUCGUGAGAUGUUUGAAGAAACAUCGAACAUUG